AUGGCACUGCGGAAAGGGGACACGUGCAGCGCGCGAGGGGUGGCAGGGAUGUGCGUGGCCGCCCAGGCUGCCCUCUGCAAGGCCACGGCUAGGCACCGGCAGCUGGUGCUGCAGCUCGGGGGCAGUGCCGAUGGCCCCUGGCUGCGGGAGGAGCGGCGCAGGAGGAGUGCGGAGGCUCGCGAGCUCAGUGCUGGGCUGCGGAGCGCUUUGCUGGCGGGGCUGCGGCAGGUGCCAGCAAGCCCCGAGGAGCGGAGGGAGCUGGAGCGGCUGUGGGUGCUCUUCCUCUCCGCCCUGGAGCUCUUCCUGCAGGACCUGCACCGAGCCCACCACCUCUGCCAGCUCUUCUCUGCUCAGGGGGGCAGCGUGGCCCCGCUGCGCACCAGGCUGGGGGGCCGGGGGCUGCUCAGCCGCAAGGGGAGCCGGCAAGGGGGGGGUCCUGUGCAGCCCCCCACCGCCCUGCGCCUGGAGGAGGAGAUCGAGCAGGUGAGGGCCACGCUGGCAGAGAUGGAGAGCAGAGCCAACAUCCCGCUGUGGACGGUGGAGGCCACGCAGCCGGCGGGGAUGGGUGGCAUCGCAGCGCCUGCAGCUGGGGCAGCUCAGGGGGGGCCUCGUGCUGGGCACUGCUGCCGGGUGCUCUGA